GCUAAGCGAGAGAGAGGCGCUCAUACAGAAGGAGGCAGAGGCAACAGCUACAGCAACAGCUCGCUCCUUCCCCAUCCUUCCUCUCCUUUCCCUUGAUUCCACAUCCACGUCGUUGGGAGACGGAUGGAUCCCUGACCCGCUGAACAGCAACUGGCCGAAGGAGAGGAGAGUCUCACGUUAAGCCUUGCUUAACGUAACGGGCUUUCUUUCUUUUUUUUUUUUUUUUUUACCGGGGUCACGAUAAGCAACAAGGAGUAGAAGGAGGUGUGAAGUGUGCACAUAAGCCUGUCGGCAGGAGGGAGGGCAGGAAGGAGAGCUGGGAAGAAGAAGGGGAGCCAGAGGCAUGUUUGGAGCGCCGAGGAGUGAGACCGACUGAGGGGAGAGAUCAGAAGAUCACACCGGCGAGCCUCCCGAGCGGCCACGGCCACUUGUGGGCCAAGAGGAGAGGAAAUAAGAUCUGCAUACACACACAGCUGGACGGAUGAGGAGGCAUCAGGGACCACGCUUCCGUCCUGGGUGUCUGGCGCACUGACCCUGCCUGUAUCAGGCGAGGAGUCAGAGGACCAGCGCCAUGACCGACUCUCCUGGUCCUGCUGGUCGUGCCUUAGUGCCAUGGCCGAGGGUGUGGAAAUGGGUUCUGGCUUCCUCGCUGGUCUUUGUCGUAGCUUUGACUUUGCCAGAGAGCAGUAAGGCCUGUCCGCCACGAUGCGAGUGUUCAGCUCAGCUGAGGUCUGUGUCAUGUCAGCGGCGGCGGCUCACAAACAUCCCAGAAGGCAUUCCAACCGAGACGCGGGUCUUGGACCUCAGCAAGAACCGGCUCCGUUGGGUACAGUCGGGUGAUCUGGCACCGUACCCCCGGCUGGAGGAAGUGGACCUUAGUGAAAACCUCAUCGCCACAUUAGAGCCAAAUGCCUUUGCCGCUCUUCAGAAUCUUAAAGUCCUAAAGUUACGGGGGAAUCAGCUGAAGUUAGUACCUAUGGGGGCAUUUGCCAAGCUGGGCAAUCUCACCAGCCUGGAUCUAAGUGAGAAUAAGAUGGUGAUUUUAUUGGACUACACCUUCCAAGAUAUGAGGAAUCUUAAACAGCUAGAAGUUGGAGACAAUGAUCUGGUUUAUAUUUCCCACAAGGCAUUCUCUGGACUUCUGGGGCUAGAAGAUCUCACAAUAGAGCGUUGCAACCUCACAUCCAUCUCUGGCCAGACGCUGUCCUACCUCCACAGCCUGGUCACUCUUCACCUUCGACACCUUAGCAUCACUGCCCUGGAGGAUCAAAACUUUCGCAAGUUGAAUAAUUUGCGGGGUCUGGAUAUCGAUCACUGGCCAUACCUUGAGUAUAUCUCUSCACUUAGUUUUCAGGGCCUUGAUCUUCGCUGGCUCUUCAUCACCAACACCAACAUCACCACUGUCCCUUCUAAUUCAUUCAAGAACCUGGUGCACCUCACCCAUCUCAACUUGUCCUACAAUCCCAUCACCACACUAGAGCCUUGGGCCUUCAAGGACUUGCUGAGGCUAAAGGAGCUCAUCMUGGUAAGCACUGGGUUGCUGACGGUGGAGCCUCAUGCCCUUGGAGGUCUCAGACAGAUUCGAGUACUCAACUUCUCCUCCAACGACCUGCAGACUCUGGAAGAGGGGUCCUUCCACUCUGUUAACAGUCUGGAGACCCUCAGAGUGGACGGGAAUCCCUUGUUGUGUGACUGCCGUCUGUUGUGGAUCCUGCAAAGACGCAAGACCCUCAACUUUGACGGCAGAGUGCCAGUGUGUGCAGGCCCGGUGGAGGUGCAAGGAGUCAGCCUCAGCGCCUUCUCUGACUCUGCUCUCUUCGAUCACUUUACAUGCCAGAAACCUAAGAUCCGCAACCGUAAGAUGCAACAGGUGGUUGCUCGGGAAGGCCAGCCAGUGAGCUUUGUAUGUCGAGCUGACGGAGAUCCUACACCUGCCAUCAUCUGGAUCUCACCACUGCGUAGACGAAUCACAGCAAAGAGUUCAGGUCGCAUCACUGUUCUCCCUAGUGGUACUCUGGAGAUCCGCUACGCUCAGCUCACUGACAGCGGGACGUACAUCUGCAUUGCCUCAAACGCUGGAGGCAAUGACACCUAUUUUGCCACUCUCACAGUAAGAGGCCAGCCACUAGACUCUGCCUCCGCCUUCUUUCUUAACCGCUCUCUGUACAGCGGGGAGUACUUCAACGACACAAAUCUAAACAGCACACGGGUUUUCCUUAAGUUCACCUUGGACCUGACCACCAUUUUGGUCUCAACAGCCAUGGGUUGCAUCACGUUUCUCGGAGUUGUUCUCUUCUGCUUCCUGUUGUUAUUUGUGUGGAGCCGUGGACGCGGCCAGCGCAGGAACAACUUCACAGUGGAGUACUCGUUCCGGAAAUCUGAACCCACCACGGGGAGCUCUACAGGCGGGACCAGGAAGUUUAACAUGAAAAUGAUAUGAAACAACGCAGCCAGGGGUCCCUCAGGGGAGGCAUGAGCACGUCCCAAAGACGUGUUUGACACACGCAAACACACACAGCCACUAACUCACAAAGAAGUUUGAGAGCACAAUAUUAGCUCGUGUCGAUUGCUCUGCUCCAAAUUGGGUGCCCACCUUAAAACUAGAGUUGUGAUUUAAUUUGACCUAUGCAURAAAUUUAAAUUACUUUGAUGUCUCCACUUCGCAGUGGUUUUCUUUAGAUUGUGAUGUUGAAUGCUACUGUACGUAACACGUAGAUUUUAAUCAAUCGGUUAUGCUUGACAAUAAUGUUGUCGUAAGAAAUAGACAUGAGUGAUAAGUUGUAUUUGCAACACGAACAGCACUUUCUUGGUUAUUUCAACAAAUAAAAAGAAAAGGCUAGAAAUUGGUAAAGAAUGUCAUGGAGGCCAUCGAUUUAAGCGUUCAUUUGAUCUUUACUUCUUUGUGAGAUUCUGCCCAAACAUGAGCUGUGUGAGUUUGGGACGAGUGUACCGGUCAAGAGGUGCUGCGGUUGCCUGUGACUCAGACAAUUAAAAAUUAUGAACACCAAACACAGGCCACCACAGGAACCAAAUGAACCAAUGCAAGAGAGAGCAAAUGGUCCAGGUUGACAGGAACAGAGGGUAUACUGAGUAGUGCGAGYGAGAAUACAUAAGCCUUUUUGACCUGUGUUUCGCUCCCCUACACAAACCCCUGAACUCUGGUCUCUGCUGCAUUGGUGGCCAACCUAACCUUCCCGGUGCUGCCCGGGGGGAGCAGCCUGGAAAGUUGGGUCUUAUUCAGAGGCAGAGACAGGACUCRUAGUUUCACAAGACAGUCUCCAAACACGUGUAACAUAUUGCACCUUUUCUCAGGAAGAGCGAAGUAACGAACCAACAGAAAAAAGAUUUCAUUGAACACAUUUAUUUGCUAAUUGUAACAUUCCAGCAAUACUGCAUGUAUAGCCAUAAAGCCAAUACUGGAAAUUUGUGACUGAAGAAACAAAGCCAUAAUUUGUGUAGGUUGAAUUUUUAUAUAGCGUGUGCAUGAUUUAGUCAUAUAAUUAUCACUACUGCCAUUUUACAAGCAGUCCUGGUGUUCACAAGACUAUCCGGUGUCGCUGGGCUUGCAGUACGUUCCACAGAAUAACACAAACAAACACAAAGGAACAACAGUCAUAGUUGCACAAGCGCAAACAAACCCGACAUGCCACACACAAGCACAACACAAGUCUAUAAUUGUGAUGCUGACUUCUCUUUCUGCCUCUGAAACGGCCGGUGCAUGAAUGUCUCUGCCCCCCUAGCCCAGUGCAUCCCCCCCUUCACACCCCACCCCCACACACCCCCACUGGGUCCUCCUUUGGGAGGGGUCCCUGGCUGGAGACUGAGGAUUAAAAUGUAAAUGAAGUUGUGUUCACCCUACCCACACCAUGUGCAUCGUAUAGUGGAGAGUAGUACUGUGGUCUCAAUGGCAAAAAAAUAACAAAAGGUUUUGUUUUUUUUUUGGUUUUUUUCAAGUGUUUCGUUGCAUAUUUGUUUGUCCCUUAUUUUUAUUCUGUUCAGUCGUUGUUGUCUGUGAGCUUCUGAAUGUUCACUGUGUUAAAGCACCUCAUCCACCAUGAGAUGUUAUUCUGUUCUCAACACCUCAUAAAAUGAACUAAAUGGAGCCUGCGAACAAAAUGUAAACUGCUCAGAAACUUGAGUUAAUAUAAACUGAUGGUUUUUGAUUAUGGCAAAAAAAAAAAAAAAAAAUGAAUCAAAUAAUUAUGCCGAUAGUAGAAUGUUGCAGAACGUGACUGCAUCAAUUCAGCCAUUGAAUUCAGGUGUGUUGGUCCAGGAAGACAUUUGAAAGUUGCAGAACGUCUGCACUGAUGGUCUGGAGUCCAACACCCAGGAAAUAAGCCAUAAAGUUUAUAUUGUUCAUUAUUUUAACAAGCAAAAUUGUUUUGCUYGGGUGAGUAGCUCAGUGUCCACCGAGCUUUCUUUCAAGCUGAACAAUAUAUAUUUAUAUGCAUCAUUCAGUCACAUGCAAUCACCAUUCAUGCUUCUUCCAUGUUCAUCAGAAAUUAAACCAACUGAGUUGAGCACAUUCUGGGCGAAGAUAUGAAAACCAGUGGGAUUUGCUAGUACUGAUUUGAUUAUAGCCACAGAUGCCAAAAUUAAAAUCUCAGAAUGGUGUCAUUUUCAGUCAGAAAACCAGGAAAAUAUCAUUUAGUUUUCAGUAACCAGGCUAAACACAAGCCAAAACCAAACUGUUUCUCAAUAUUUUCAUCUGGCUUAAUGAAACACAGAAAUGUUAUAAGUGUAAAUGAGCAGUUUAUUCCAGUCCGUCUUCCUUUUAAAUCAGACUUGAACACAAGUGGAUGGAUGGGGCCCUUCAGCUUAGUCACAAAAUUAGGACUUUUUCAGCUUGAACCUAUACAAAUUAAAGGCACAAAAAAUAACGAGCCCAGGUGUCUGUGCCUGUUGCCACAGGAAUUUAACUUCACUCCUAUUUGACGGGUUAGCAGUAAUGGUCAUUUGUCUCAUGGGUGGAUAAUUUACACCUCUUCUAUGGUGCCUUACUUUUACCACUUUCAGUAGAUGUAAUAUUGGAUUCAAAAAUUUGUAUGCUACUUCUGUGACUUUCUUUGCAAUAACAAUCGAAUUUGGUCAGUAAAUAAAUAAUAGAUACAACCAAGUCGAUUAGUAUUGCUAGGAUUCGCUUUUUAAUAAAUAGCAUCCAACUUGUCUAAGUAAUAGACAGAAUGUUUUUUUGAGAAAAGGUUUUAAAUACGGUUAACAGACAAAAUACACUGAUAGUUGAAAAUUGUGUUCUAGUGACAAAAAAAAAAAAACAUGGAACGGUUUUGAAUCAAAAUCUGACUGCUACCUAAAAAAAAGUUCUCAUGUCCAGCACAAUCUGGGCUCUCUCAGAUUGUCUCCGGUCAAUUUUUUUGAACGGGCCAAUCAGCGAACAGAAAGAGAAUCGUGAACGAUGACGUCAGUUUUCUGCGCUAAUCAACACUAGCAGCCACUUCKUUCGGAUGAGCGCUUCUUUCUCUUCGCAGUGGAGGACGGUUGUUUACAGUGCAGGCAAUUUCCGGUAAGCUAGUUGGCGUCGAACUUACGCAUUUCAUUCGUCACGAGCAAACAUUAGCAAUUGGGUAAAAUUUAAAACCUCGACACAGUCCACGCCUCCAGGAAGCGUUCGGUUCUGAACAGCUCAGAGUCCAGACCCUCUGUUCGAAGCAAAGUGUAGUCAUGGGAGUGGUUCUUACCAGGCUGGUGAGCGCAAAAUGUMAAUUUUUUCAGAUUUCUGGAAGCCAUGCAGUGAAAAAGUUGCAUCUCAGUGAUCAAAAGAAAGACCCUCUUUAUUAGAACAAAUUCAUGGUUUGGGUACAAUUUGCUGCAGGAGAGAGAACUCYCUUGUUCCUUUAAGAAGAUUUAUGCGAACUCCAUUUUUGUCCCUUGUCAGGGAUGAUGAAACCACAGAUUCUUUGUCAAGAUGAAUAACUAAACAGCUGUUAAAAGAUUCAUGAGACAAAAUGAAAACGGAUGGCAAAACUGGCCUGAUUUCUACCACUACUGUUAACUGCAGCCAUGGUGUGGUGCUGCYGUGGUGUUGAGAACAGGAUGUUGCCUCCAUGGACGUCACUUCUCCCUAAGCCAUCCCUCUGGUGUUUCCAUUUUCUGGUAUUUCUCAGUGGAAAUUAGGUUUAGAAGACAGUAAGAAUGUCUGUAGUGAUUGUCGAUGGUGUUAUUGUGUAAACAUCAUGCAGAAUUGUAAGUGUAGAUGAGUGUUUCAUUUCGUUUCCUCCUCUUGCCUCUUAACCCCUUUCUCCCGCAGGUCGUCUGUCCCUUUUCUUUCUGUCGUCUUCUUAGCAUUUCCGAUCUCUGUUGUCCCUGUUCACAGUAUUAGGCCGGAGUAUGGUUGUGUGGUAGUAGAUGCGUGUCCUGUGUGGUUGGUGAGUCGGUGUUGUAAUGUAAUGAUUCGUCGCUACUCGUGGUGCCACCAAACACAGAGCAGUGAUUGGAUCAGCGACUAAGAUGAAAGGGGUGACCCAGGUUCCCUAAAAAAAAUGAAAAUGAAAAAACAACUGGUUCCCAUGUCACACCCAACCAUUUCUUUCAAACCUCACCYUGAACUUUAGCAGACUGAAACCAUGCUGCUCUGGGAACUAUUUUGGAUAUGAGAACCAAUGGACUGGACUGUAUGUUUGUUCUCUUGAUGAUGCGUUCGUUAUCUGAUACCACCUUACAAACGUAGGAAGGGGAACUGAGUUACUUUUUUUUUUUCACUCGUUUUCACCUUGCAGAUUUAAGCUGUCCAUUUAUUUAAAAAAAAAAAAAAAAGGACGUUUAUUAGACGAUCGGGGUUGGAAAGAAGCAAAUUUCUCUGCUCAGCCCUCAAGAAAAAAACCUUGAAGACUGGAGAAGCCAUUUUUGAUUUUUUGGAGAAAAAAAUCUGUUAUGUGGCUUUUACUUGAAAUGUCCUUGCAGAGGUAUGAGCAGAUUUUAGCAGUAUGUGAAAUAUUUUUAAUUGAUCAUAAUUUGUGGCAUGAAAUUAUUUUAAUAGUUCUCCCUAAAAAGGCACAUUUGCAUAAUAUUUUUGCUCUAAAGUCUACUCUAGCUGGCAGUGUUUUAUGUGUUUUUUUCUUUUCUGUUGGAAACAAGAUUUAUUUAUCUUUGCUGCUACAGAUGUUUUAAAAAAGUAGGUUGAGAGAAUCCUUUGCCGUCUCCUUUGGUUUCUCCUGGCCACAGCUCAGUGACGUGUUGCCUACAUACAUUUCCCUGCAAAAGUAUUCAAACGCCUUGAACUUUUUUAUAUUAUACCACCAAACACUUCUGUGAGCCCCUGGCAUCAAGUCUUUUUGCAACCUUGAAAACGUAACCUGUUCACAAAUUUCCCCCAACAAAACUCAUGAGGCUUUCAAAGAAUAAYUGUCUUCAUACUUAAAUUAAAUUACACACCGACGGACCACUUACCAAUUAGGCAACCAGUUAGAUUUAUUAAAGGGAAUCAAAGUGAAUUUGACUUUGCACAAAUACAAGUUGCAAUUUUCCACUUUUCAUUUCCAUUUCCCUUCCAUUUUACAACUUUGUCUUGGUCAAUAGCGUCAAGCCCGAGUGAAUAUGUAGAUGUUAAUGGUUGGAACGUGAAAAUGUUGAGAGGAGUAUGAAUACUUUUACAAGGCACUGCACAAAUCUAAUACAGCUGCAGAAAUUUAACCUAAACCACAACAAGACAAUUUCCCUUUGGGAGCUCCUUAUUAGCACAAACAGUGUAAAAUCCCAGACACUAUAAUUAUACCAUUAUUUGGUGCAAAGCCUGAAUUAUUCCAAUUUUGCUUUGUUACAGUGUUUCCACGCAGCUCCAGAUUAAAGACGGCUCUGUUUUCAUUAAGUUAAAUGUCAUUAUGUAUGAUCCAUUAUAAUUUUUAUAUUUAAUCUUACCUUUAGAGCAGUAAUUUCUGCAGCAUUUCUCGCCACCUCUGUCGUUCCUGAUUCUGCUUUAGCUCUGGAUGAAUCCAUCUCUCUCUCCGCGCCCUACAGCCGCUUUUUUUUUUUUUUUUUUUGGAUUGGAUUAGACUGGAGCAGAAUUUAUCUGAGCUGAAAYGAGCAGUAAUGGGAUGACGGAGGAGUGAGCUCGUCUGAUUGGGUGUUUAUUUGGCUUAUUAGUUUCAUUUCCUCUAAGAACACUGCACCGCCGAAACCCUAGAUUAAAGAUUUUAGUUGUAGAAUAAUAAUCUAGACAUAAACUAUAUCUGCUGUCACCAUUUUCUGGAGGCAAACUGUCACAGCUAGCAGGAUUAUUUGAGCAGAGCGUUGCUAAAGCACAUUGGACAGAUAAUUGCUUCAUCUUAACCUUGACCAGAGGACUGCAAGAAAUCUCUGCGUUUUAAAUGGUUACACUGCCACCAAGUGGUCGAAACGGACAACAGCAGCAUCUACAACCUUGCUGAUGCGGCAGUAUUUUUAGGUAGGUUAGAAAUAAAGAAAGCAGACUGACUGUUAGAUGUAUUCAUCUGAUAUUUUUAGCAAUACCAGUGGGUGUGUGUGGUCGGAUUCGUUCUGCCACACGUGCGAAAUGGAGCAAAAGUCAUGAGGAUUGAGCUUAAUUCAAUUAAAAGCUGCAGGACAGCCGGUGGAAAUCGGUCUGUAAAUUAUAUCCAAAACAGAAAUCCCAACAAUUUCCCAACAAAAAAAAAGAARCUCUGUUCUUUCUCUGAUCGGCAAACGAUCGGUUCCCCCCGGAGAGCAAAGAGACAUUCCAGCUUGUGGUCUCAACAGGCUGAAUCUAUGCAUGCCUUUUGUAUAAAGUGAUUGGUAGUGCCAAACUCACACCUGCACCGAGAGCCAGAGGUGCCAUUGCUGCUGCUCGUGAACAGAAGCAAACGUGCUGAAUCCAACUGGAGCGAGGGGAGACGAGUCAUGAUGCAUUCACGGAUAUUCAAACGGGAGGGUGCAUCUUGAAGGAGAAACAAGUGUUUACUUGGGAUGAUUGUACUUUUACACAUAUCUUGUCACAAACAAAUGAUCUGCUCUGAUGUACAAGCUGUAGAUAGAGAGAUUGAUAUUCCAGGCAGGUGGCUGGGACUGAUCAAUUCUGUAUGGGGAUAAGAUUAUUCAUGGCAUGCUUUUAUUGAUUUUUAUUCAAUAUUGUCACUCUCUUAAAGAUCCUGUGGGGUUUGCACAAGGCGUGGAGAGCUCAUGUAGAUGUGGCUGGCACUUGUUCCCAGGUUUGCACUUUGAUGAAGAGGGGGGUUUUUUGUCUUCUAAGAGCGAGAAAGUGCCAGAUUUCCGCUUGUUUUAUAGCAAGUCUGAGUCAACGCUUCAAUUUUCCCCACAUUUUAUGAACCUAGCUUUGUAUCUGCACCAGAUCUCUAUUGCACAAGUUAGCAAAUACUUGAAAAUGCAUUUAAUUCAUUCCCUCACUUUUUUUUUUGACUCUCUGGUCUUUUCUCUAUAUAGCACCAGCCUCUUUAAGAAUGCGUUUAUUUUCUCUCUUUUCCAGAUCAUUGCCGUAAUGCUUUUGUAUUUUUGUCAAACAAAGUUGUUCCUAACUCAUAAACCUAGGAAUGAGUGCCCUGGACUUAUUAUGCCUUUAAAACGCAUUCAGACCUUUUAGCUGUUUCACAUUCUUUCUAAUUACAACCACGAACUUCAGUAUGAAUAGGAUUUUGUAUGAUAGAUCAACGCAAAGUAACACAUUGUGGUUAAGUUGAAUUAAAUUAUAGAAGUGUUUUUAGAAAUACAAAUCUGAAAAGUGUGGGAAUAGAUUGCGUUCUGCCCCUCGAUCAGUAAUUUUUAGCRCCAUUUGUUGCUACCAUUGAAGGUGUUUCUUAAGUCACCAAAAGCGAAAAAGCAAAUAAAAUCCACUAAAGUUUGUGGUUGUAAGAUGACUAAUGCGAAAAAGGAUGAAUGGACUCUAGAAAUUAGUUUGAAUUGUCUAAUUAAAUAGUGUAAGGUGAUCAGUCACAACCAGAGAUGAGUGACAAAUUAAGCUGACUGUUAUACAUGAAGUACCAAAUUUAGUUUCCAAUCCUCUUUAGCUACAUCGCCAUCUGACUGUACAUCUUUAAAAAGCACUUUUUUUUUUAAUGCCAGAAUAAUUUGAUCCUUGGAUGACAGGAACAGAACGUGUAAAUAUUAGCUCUAUUAGCCAUAUCAUGUCAUCAAAUCUGUAGACUUCCUUGCCAUGUCUGACAGAGGAAAAUGACUGUUGAACUGUAAAUAGUGUAGGUAUAGUAACAUAGGAUUUAACUGCUGCUUUCCUCCAGGGAUCACCCAGGUUUUGUUCAGUCCCAUGGCUGUUUGGUCUCAAAGGGAAGGAUAAUAAUGUACUAUGUCUAUAAAGAACAUAUGGUUUCUUUUUUUUUAUUUCAGUGUAUGUUUUAUAUACUGUUUGUCUUGUAAAUUAACUCCUCUUUCGUCAUAAAAGCAUGAUGUGACUAACUGGA